GAAAUCUUUAUUCUAUUAGUGAUUUAGGAUUAAGUAAACCUAUAGAAUAUUAUCAAUUACCAUUUAAAAAACAUAAUAUUUAUGGUAUUUUACCAUUUAUAGCACCUGAAAUUUUAAAUGAACAACCUUACACUUUAGCUAGUGAUAUUUAUAGUUUUUCUAUAAUUAUGUGGGAAAUAAUAUCUGGAGUUAUUCCAUUUAAAAAUGAAGCUUAUGAUUUUCACCUUUGUUUAGAUAUUUGUAAAGGUAGACGUCCUGAAAUUAUUAAAAAUACUCCACAAUGUUAUAUAGAUUUGAUGAAAAAAUGUUGGAAUAUAAAUCCAUUAAAAAGACCAACAGCAUUAGAAAUUCAUAAUAUUAUUAAAA